UCGAGUCCGAGCGCCGGGACCCUCGCAUGGGGAAGGGGUAGAGGGAAGAUUAACGAAAUUCCUCUGACGGAAGGACAGACAGAGAAGGAGGAAGAGAGAAUUAUUGAGGAGGAUGGUUAACGUGAGCAGGAUGGCGAGGUAUUUGUUAAGGACGAGACCGAUUUUCAGCUUGAGUCAGCGGUGCAUUUUCAGCAAGACUGGGGUUUGGCCUCCUAUGGACCAAGAAUUGACCAUAGAUGUAAAGAGAGAAGCAGAAUCCUACUGGAAAAAUGUUUACGCAAGCAGGAACCAAGUACAGGAUCCAGAGAGAAGCGGAGUGGGGAAACAGAAGGGCAAGAAGUAUGUUCUGGCCAUGUUCCCUUAUCCCUCUGGCAAGCUCCACAUGGGCCACGUCAGGGUGUACACCAUCAGUGACGCGAUGGCCAGAUUUUAUCAGUUGCAGGGCUAUCAGGUCCUGCACCCUAUGGGCUGGGACGCCUUUGGCCUCCCAGCAGAGAACGCAGCCAUCGAGCGCAACGAAAUGCCAGAGAAGUGGACCUACAGCAACAUACCCCAAAUGAAGGAACAGCUCCUUGACCUCGGCUGCAAGUUUAACUGGGAGCGCGAACUGGCCACCUGCGACCCAGAAUACUACCGGUGGACGCAGUACAUCUUCCUCCUUCUGUUCCGAGAAGGGUUGGCGUAUCAAGAGGAGGCCCUAGUCAACUGGGAUCCGAUAGACCAGACAGUGCUAGCAGAUGAACAAGUCGACAGCAACGGUUGCUCGUGGAGAUCUGGGGCCAAGGUGGAAAGGCGUUUUCUCAAGCAGUGGUUCGUUAAAACAACCAGGUUUGCCAAGUCACUUCUUGACGGCCUCUCGGAUCCUGUGCUCGAGGACUGGCGCGACAUCAUCAAGGUACAAAAACACUGGAUUGGAGAUUGCAAUGGCUACAGGAUCGAGAUGGAGGUUGUGCACAGUGACAGCAGCAACAAUGAGGGAAAGGUGGAGGCAGGUGGCAGCUCCUCGGCCUCGAAAUUAGACUUGUGGAUGCGCGAGCCAGAACUUCUGCAUGGGGUGAGUUUCGUGGGAUUGAGGCCAGGGCACAAGCUUGACACGGAGGCCAACAGAAAGGAGGAAAUCAACAAGAUUCGAGUGCUGAGUGUGAGGGCCGUUUGUCCCGUCAGUGGAAGGAAAAUCCCGGUCAUAGUUAGCAGUCGGUUGCCAUUUCAAGGUGAUGCAGAAUGCUAUGUUGGGUUGCCGUUUAAGAGUGAGAAGGACCAAGCCAUUGCCAGGACUUGUGGAUUUGAAAUUCUAAUUGUUAAGGAAAAUGAUUUAAUGGUGCAUUCAGGUCUUCUUGACGGCCACACUCCCAAGGAAGCAAGGCAGAUCAUCACAGACGAGCUCUUAAGACUAGGGGCUGGAGGGUUCGAAACGAGCGCCAAAUUACGAGACUGGCUGAUAUCGAGGCAGCGUUAUUGGGGUACUCCCAUCCCCAUAAUCCACUGUCCCAAUUGUGGGGUUGUUCCAGUCCCAGAGGAGCAGUUGCCGGUCGUCCUGCCAAAGAUUACAAAGUUCCCAAAGAAGGGGAUCUCUCCACUCAAGGAAGCAACGGAAUGGAUACACUGCAGCUGUCCCAAAUGUGGAGGAGCUGCAGAGAGAGAGACAGAUACAAUGGACACAUUUGUUGACUCCUCGUGGUACUUCUUGAGGUUCCUGGAUCCUCACAAUACAGAGAAACCCUUUAGUCACGAUGCCCAAAAGGAUAAUAUGCCUGUUGAUUUGUACGUUGGUGGGAAGGAACAUGCUGUUUUGCAUAUGUUCUAUGCACGUUUCAUACAGCACUUCUUAGCAAGCCUGGGACUGGCAAGCCACAAGGAACCAUUCAAAAGACUUGUCACUCAGGGCAUGGUCAUGGGCGAGACCUACAGGGUGAAGGAUUCGGGCAGAUACCUCACCAAGGACGAAGUGGAUUUCUCGGUCAAGCCUCCUGUGGAACGUGGAACGGGAAAUGAACUUGUUGUGACAUACGAGAAGAUGAGCAAAAGCAAGCACAACGGCAUUGACCCAAAGGAUGUGUUGGAGGAAUAUGGCACUGACACCACGAGGCUGUUGAUGUUGGCAAACUUUGCUCCUUCGUCUCAGAGGAACUGGUCCAAAGAUACAUUCCCGGGUAUUCUGAACUGGCAGAACCGCCUUUGGCUCACAGUCUCGGAAUUCAUCCACAUGCGGCAGGAUGAGGAGCUUCGGGCUUCAGGCAUUCCUUUGAGCAUGGAGGAGAUUCAAGAACACAAGGACUUCCUCUUCGAAAAUCGGAACUUUUACCUGAGAGGAGCAACGUACAAUUUCUUGUAUACGAACCAGCUGAGUGUGGCCAUUUCUUAUAUGCAGGGACUCACUGUAAGCCUGAGGAAAAUACCAAAGGAAAUGAUGCUGACCGAGGAAUUUGAAAAAUCAUUAGCUGCACAGAUUAUAAUGCUGUCACCUAUAACCCCUCACUUAGCUAGUGAAUUGUGGGCGGGUUUCUGCAGUGUUGCAACCUCACCAUGCACAAGGAAGGAUGUCCCCUUAUUGGAGCAGCAGUGGCCGGAGAUCGACUCGGAAUUCGGACUGCCUCUCUUCUGCAGGGGUCAAAGGCAAAGGACGUCGGAGAACGAGAAACAAAGAGAUGUUAAAAUGGAAGAGUACAAGGACAAAGUCGGUGUGCUGGGCUUGGAGAUAAGGACCAUGAGGAUAACGGGAAGCGCAAGUAAAUCCGACUUCCUCCGCCCGGGUGUUGUGCGGGGAUGUGGAUAUUGGCCCUGGGAUGAAGGCGGAGUGGUGGGAGAGGCGCGGGAGGGCGUCGGCGGGGCGGAAAGGGCGGAAAAUAGGGGCUGGCGGGGCUUGGAGGGAGUGGAGCUGCGCCGAAGCCUCGACGAGGGUCGUUGUCGUACGUUUAGAUGCGUAGGAGAGCAGUACUCGUCAAGGUGUCCGAGGCAAUGUAAUGUCAGUAAUGGAACCAGCUUAAGUGCUUGUCUUGUGUUGAAUGUAGGUUUGAGGAGCUCUGGUAGCCUUUGUCGGAGUCCUGGAGGCACGGAGACCGAGUUGAGCAUUUGA